UCAGCCGACGUACAUUAGUCUUAGAUACGGCGACCGAUUACAAUAUUGAAGUUGGAAGCGGUGUUUCGGCAACAUAAAUAAUGGUGCCGAUUAUUAUUAGGUAAUAUACAAACAAAAAAAGAAGGAUGUCGAAUACACAGAUCAUGGUUUCUCGAGUCAAUUUUCUUAAAUUCCACUUUUCUAGAGACAGGAAACUUUGGUAGGGAGCGAGAGAGAGACACUCGACAUCGAUCUUUUCCAUGAUUCAAAUCUAAUCACUCUCUAUUUCUCGACCAUGAUUCAACUCGCACGUUAUUAUUAGCUCUUCAGAUUUCGGAUUCCGUUUCCGUUUUUCUUUUGGACCGCAAUGGAGGAGGAGCUGCUGAAGAAGAUGCUCGAGCUAGAGCAAAGUCAGGAACUUCUAAAGCAGGAGAUGUCUAGGCUCAAGCUCUCCACGGAGCUUAGGCAGCCGAUGAUGUUGCCGCGCCGGCCGUUGAGCCGUAUCCAGGGAUCACCCGGGAAGUUCACUGAUAAACAGUAUUUGAAUAUUUUGCAGUCCUUGGCUCAAUCUGUUCAUGUCUUAGAUCUCAAUACACGAAUUAUCUUUUGGAAUGCUAUGUCGGAAAAGCUUUAUGGGUACUCUGCUGCAGAAGUAGUUGGAAAGAACCCAGUUCAUGUUAUUGUAGAUGAUCAGAAUGCUUCCUUUGCCUUGAAUGUUGCUCGACGUUGUGUCAAUGGAGAGAGCUGGACCGGCGAGUUUCCUGUCAAGACCAAAUCAGGGGUCAUCUUUUCAGCUGUCACUACGUGUUCCCCCUUUUAUGAUGAUCACGGCACUAUUCUUGGCAUCAUUUCUAUCACAAGUGAUAUAGCACCCUAUCUCAACCCCAGACUCUCUUUGCCUAAAUUGAAGCCGCAAGAACAUGCAAGGAACUCCAAAGGAGCUGUUUCAUCGAAACUUGGCCUUGACUCUGAUCAUCCUAUACAAGUUGCUAUAGCAUCAAAGAUAUCAAAUUUGGCAUCCAAGGUGAGCAACAAGUUCAGGUCGAAAAUGCGAGCAGGUGAUAAUAAUGCUGACCACAUGGACGAUGCAGCAUCAAGUGGUGCCAGCACAUCUAGAGAGGAUUUUAUCCAGUCUCCUUUUGGUAUAUUCACAUGUAACGAUGACAAGUUUCCUUCAAAACCCUUCAAAGAUUCCAGUAAUGAGAGUGAUAGAAAGCCUGCAAUCCAGAAGGUUCCCACCUCAAAAGCUGAAGAAUGGAUGGUAAAGAAAGAUUUGUCACGGCCAUGGAAAGGGAAUGAACAGGAAGGUUCAGGAGUAAAGCCUACUCAUUCUCUAUGGCCUUGUGUACAGAAUGAACAAAAGAAAGGUAAGUCUCACCAGAUCAAUCCAUCUUCUGGUAUUAAGUCUGAAAGCCAUGACUCUGAAAGUAAUAAGCGUACUGAUGAUGACGAAGCUUCUAGUAUGUGGUCUUCCUCUAUAAAUGCGAACAGCACAAGCAGCGGAAGUACCAGUAGGAGUGUCAUGGACAAGAUUGAUAAAGAUAGCUAUCACUUGGAAUAUGAAAUUUUAUGGGAUGAUUUGACAAUCGGGGAACAAAUUGGACAAGGUUCAUGUGGAACUGUCUAUCACGGUCUCUGGUUUGGAUCUGAUGUAGCUGUGAAAGUGUUCUCCAAACAAGAAUAUUCAGAAGCGGUCAUAAAAUCCUUUAAACAAGAGGUAUCGCUGAUGAAAAGACUUAGGCAUCCUAACGUCCUGCUGUUUAUGGGAGCUGUGACUUUACACCAGCGUCUCUGUAUAGUGUCAGAGUUCGUUCCACGUGGAAGUCUCUUCCGUCUACUGCAGAGAAGUAUGUCAAAACUUGAUUGGAGGAGGCGUAUCAAUAUGGCCGUGGACAUUGCUCGCGGUAUGAAUUAUCUUCACUGUUGUAGUCCACCCAUCAUCCAUCGUGAUCUGAAGUCGUCAAAUCUUCUGGUAGACAGGAACUGGACCGUUAAGGUAGCUGACUUUGGUCUUUCGCGUAUCAAGCAUCAGACAUACUUGACCAGCAAGUCGGGAAAGGGAACGCCUCAAUGGAUGGCACCAGAAGUUCUUCGAAAUGAGUCUGCUGAUGAGAAGUCUGACAUUUACAGCUUUGGAGUAGUACUAUGGGAGCUUGCCACAGAGAAGAUCCCUUGGGAAAAUCUCAACUCGAUGCAGGUGAUCGGAGCUGUGGGGUUCAUGAACCAGAGGCUGGAAAUUCCAAAGGACAUUGAUCCUGAUUGGAUCUCAUUAAUAGAGAGCUGCUGGCACAGCGAUACAAAGCUGAGACCCACAUUCCAAGAACUGAUGGAGAAACUAAGAGACCUGCAAAGAAAGUAUAUGAUACAGUUCCAGGGGACUCGUGCUGCGUUACUUGACAACCCUCUCCUAAAUGACAACUAAACAAAACAAAGUUGACCUUUUUCUCUUAUGCCUAUUUGUUCCUAGACGCACCGCUUCGAGACUCGAAGACUGUUCAUAAAAACAAAGAAAGAUAGAGAAUUGGUCUGCUUUUAGCGGCAACAAGUGGCCAUGCUAUGGUGGGGUGCCCAUGUCUUCCAUCACUAAACAAGGUUAUGGUGUGGGAGAUGUCAUUUCGCUAUGCAAGCGUAAUCUUGAGGCCUCAGAUUGUUUGGUUUCACAUGUAAACGCAGAAAUUGGCAUCUGAAACAAUUGACUUUCUCAAAAGCAGCAGCAGAAACAGAGGAUCACAACACGAUGGAGAUGCUUCUGAAAUAUGCACGGUCUAAUCUCCUUGCUGUGAAGUACUUGGAAUACGCAUUCCAAGUAGAGACUUACACUCUCUCUAAAGCCAACAACCUCCUACUCAACGUCGACGGAGCCAUUAGAUAUCUCUUCUCGAACCUUCUUGGCAGGAGUAGGAUCAGGAUGUUCACUUAGAAAGAGAUUGGUUAUCGCAGCGGGCUCUUCAUCCUCGCUAGAUCCAUCGGUUUAAUCGGGUAACUCUCCUAAUAGGACACAUUCAUCAUGUUCUUGAAGCAAUUUGAUUUUAUUUGAUCCACGAAUAUAAAUGGUCGCAGGCAGACAUUCGACAAAAAGAGACAGAAGCAGCCAUUGUACACUAGUGGGAAGAUGUCUGUGAUUUCCCAUUACUUUCUGGUUAUUAGUUAUUACAUCCAUCCAAGUCCCAUUUAUUUAGUAAUUUUUACAACGUCUCAGUAAAUUUUCUUAAGUUGUUAUACGUCUUAUGUUGAUAACGUAUCAUUGUUUCAAAUUUAAAAGAAUCAUGUAGUUCGAUAAAUUUCGAAAUUCUUACGAAUCAAUAGUUUUUCUAAU